ACCAAAACGUAAGAUUCAUUCACUGAUUUGGUAAACAGUUCUUAGAACGGUAAACGGUUAUUUUGGGAUGAAGAAUGAAGGGAAGUUCAUGAAUCUGGUCAUGCAGAUCUAAAGUAAAAAAUUAAAUUUAAUUAAUUAAAUAAACAGAAAAAACUCUCAUCAUCUACAUUCCAUGUUUCAUUUCAUUUUCAUGCUCUUUUUUGCAUACAAGUACAAAUUCAUUCGGUUUGUUUAUAGCAAAUUCAUCUCCACUUCUCCAAUUUGCAGUGAAAGAAAGGUGGUGGUGCAAAUAGAAAAGAGGUAACAAGGGUGAGUGAGGAUGGAAGAGAUUCCGGAGAGAGCCGAACUGAGGAGAAUUCAGAGAGAGCAAGAGAGGGAGAGAAGGCGGAUACGAGAUCGACAGAGGAGGCAAGCGAUGACGCAAGAACAACGGGAAAGACACCUUGCACGGCGGAGAAGAAACUAUCAACUUCGGAGACAAAGAGCGGCGAAUGCGAAUGCGAAUGCUAGUAAUGUUAAUGCUCCUUUCAUUCCUCUUCUUCCUAACCCUCUUGCUCUAGAUUCAAGUGCUGGUGAAGCUAGUACUAGUGAUGAAUUUCAAGGUGCUAAUUCUUCGACUUCACUGGACUAUAGAGUCCUUAGUCAUGGUAUUGGUAUCCCUCAUUAUGGACAAGAAACACUGAAUUUGGGAACAAAAGUUUCUCAUGGUUCAUCUGUUAACAUGGAAAGUCUAGUUUAUAAGCUAGAUAAUUCUCCAAGGUUGCGUCUGAAACAAAUUAGACAUCUUGCAAGAAAUGUUACAGGUUUAGUGGCUGAUGAUUCUGCUGGAACUAACCAGGUUGCAGUUGAGUUGAAAACAAAUGAAGUAUCAAAUGGUGAUUUGAGUAGCAUGCCAAAAUCUUUGCGUUUGAAUUCAGUGAAGCGUCUUGCUCGAUCAGUUAAUAUUCUACCCAAAGAGACUGAAAUUCAGAAGGAAAAAAAUUUGUCUCCGGAAGGAAUUCAAUUACUUGAUAAUGAAAGCUUUAUGGCCAAUGAUUAAAGUGAAAGUGAGGGGCUCAUUCCAUAUUAUCUUUCAAAAGAGUUGCAUAAAUAAAUAUUAAAGUAUACAAUACUAGAUUGGAGAAAUUAAAGACACAUAAUGUUUUUGUUUUUGUCUACUCUGUUCAUUAAAAGAAUAAAAUUAUCUACUUUA